AUAUUUUAGGUAUUGAAAACCUUCUCUCGAUCCAAAAUUGAACAAGAGCUGAAAAUCAAAAAAAUAGGUCACAUCAAGCGAUUGAUGCAUGCUAUUGCAAAACUGCGGAACCCAACAUCCGGUGAACGUAAGAUUGUUGAGGCACGAAAAGAGCUGGAUAAGUCUAACAUUAAAAAAAUGUGUGAAAGCAACCAGAAAGAGCAUGAUUUUUGGCACAAUUUACUAAACUUGCGUCUUGUGCCUCAGUCCACUGCAUAUGGCCUAGAGAAGGAUCUUAAAAGAGACUUAGCAGAAUUGCGCAAUAAAUGGAUCGCCAUUUUUGCCGUGUUCAAUGCCAUUUGGAUAGUCUUGAUUUACACCCUUGCCACUAAGGGGAAGCUACUCAGUGUCGCAAAUAGUAAUCCAGUCGGUCUGGUGGUACUAGUGAUAUUCAGCUUUGUGAUUUUUAUCCAGUUUAUCGCCAUGAUCAUUCACCGCCUCACGACCGCCACCCACUUUCUAGCACGCGCCCCUUACCGAUAUGGCGACAAAUACAAUGCCGCGUAUGCGCUGAAUGACCGGUAUAGGAGACUUCAGUUUCUUACCUCCCAUGAUUACUUACCGGAAAAUGAUGAGUGUUUUUAA